UGAUUAGUUUAAAAAUGUUAAAAUAGCGAGAGACUGAAGCUCGCAAUGAAAUGGUUACCCGUCUUGCUUUUUGGACUGUCCGUACAUUCUCUCUCUUCCCGCUGUCUCCUGCUUACUCUUCCAGCAGGGCAAGGUUUAGUGGAAAGUGUUUGAAUAAGGGAAUGGAUGUAGACGCUCAUUUGCUUCCCAAGUCUACUAAGUCUGCUAAUUUUCGAUUAUGCAAUGUCUCAGGUUACAAAUCUGAAAUAUUGGAGAUUCACGCUGUUGCUCCAAUUAUGCAUGUUCUGCUUCUGCCUGGGAACCCAGGUAUGGCUUCCAUUGUUUGUUUGCUUAUGUUUUCCCUUUUUUUUCUUUUUUUUUUAAAAAAAAAAAAAAUUUCCGAAAUUCUAUAUGACCAGCUUGAGGGAAAUGCCUCUAUCACAGCUAUUGGCCACAUCUCUCACACGAGAAAGAAUUGGGAGCAUGGACGGUUGUUCUCCUUAGAAGAACAAAUCAAUCAUAAGGUUGAUUUCAUCAGAGAGGAAUUGCAAAAGAAUGAGAUUCCUAUAGUACUGGUCGGGCACUCUAUUGGUUCUUACAUAGCCAUUGAAAUAUUCAAGAGGUUUCCAGGGAAGGUGAAAUAUUGUGUUGGACUUUAUCCAUUUUUGACAAUGAACCCAGAGUCAAAAACACAGUUGGUUAUUGGAAAGAUUUCAGAAUCCCAAAUUCUAUCAAUUGCUCUUUGUUACGUGAUAGCAUCAUUAGGAUUGUUGCCCGUCCGGGCUUUGAGGUUUAUAAUCAGAAAUUCCGUGGCAAAGUCAUGGUCAACUGAUGCAGUUGAUGCUACCUGCUCUCAUUUAUCACAGUAUCAUGUAAUGCGGAAUGUCUUCUACAUGGCCAUGACUGAAUUCAGAAAGAGCAACAAUUUGGGGACGAUUGAUUUACGAUAUCUGAAAACUAGUCCUGGCAAAGGAAUUUUCUUUCCAAGGGAAUCAGAAAUUCAGCUUCUCGGCUUCAGUGACUCUGAUUGGGCCGGAUGUCCUGACACUCGGCGAUCUUUAACAGAAGGACCGGAUUGGACAUUUAUAAGGGAAAGGAAGGCUCAAAUUUCAUUUUUAUUUGGCGAUGAUGAUCACUGGGGUCCACUUCAUGUUCUUGAAGAGAUAUCAAAGCAGGUUCCAGGUAUUACAGUAGCUGUUGAACGAGAGAACCAUACUCAUGGAUUCUCCUGCACUGAGGCUGGCUCAUUGUGGGUGGCUCAGCAUGUCGCGAACCUAAUAAAGAAUCAGACCUCUUUAACUAUGCAAUAAGCUCUUUCCUUUAUGUUAUGUGUGUUCUCACUUCUCAUUUCUCAAGUUGGCUAUACAGAAAGGAAUGAACAACUGAAUAAAUUUGAAUGUUGACUGAAGAAAGCUCAGUCAAUGUCCCUGUUGUGUGUGGGGGCUUAAUUAUUGUUUGAUUGAAUCAACGGGUAUCCACCUAUACGGAGAUUGAUUAAUGAUUACUAUAGGGUUUAGGGUUCAGGUUAAUUCCAUAUCAUUUUUAUCUUCCGAAUACCCAUUUCAAAACCACUAGUUAUAGAGAAGGACCAAAAGAGCAGACUUCUGAGUUCAGACUAUCAACGGCCGC